AGCCAGAGCAGCUGGUGGAGGCUCUGGUUGCCGCGAUCUGCGAGUAUUUGUGCGGGGCCCAGGCGCGGUGCCGCUGCGGAGCUGUGGUUCCGGUCCCCCGAGCCCAGCCGCUCUCUGUGGCGGGGGGCAGCCAGCCGGGGUCUUACUUUAGGAGCCCUCCCAUGGCUUCCCAGGAAAGGGUGGAGGCAGUGACCAAAGGAACAGAGUUCUGGCGCUGCCCCAAGCCGGCCACUUACACCCCGGGGACCUGCGAGCUGCUCAGAGUGAUGAUGAAGGAAUCCAAGCUGACUAACUUCCAACAGCGCCACAUCAUGGACACCAUGAAAAGAGGAGACACUCUGCCCCUACAGUGCAGCCCAACAUCCAGCCAGAGGGUCUUGCCUUCCAAACAGCCAGCCUCAGCCAUCUACCUGCCUCCCAUCCUGGCGGCCCGGCCCCACCUCCGGCCUGCCAGCUUGUGCCAAGCCAGCGGGGCCUACAGCCGGGAACCAUUCAGGCCUCAAGCCACCCGAGAUCUGGAGAAAGAGAAGCGAAGACUCCAAAAUAUUUUUGCCACUGGGAAGGACUCAGAGGAACGGAAAAGAAAGCCCCCUCCAGUGCAACAGGAGGACUCGGCCCCUGAGCUGGACCGCUUUGAAGAAUUGGUAAAGGAAAUCCAGGAGAGGAAAGAAUUCCUGGCUGGCAUGGAGGCGCUGGGACAGGGCAGACAGUACCGAGGGAUCAUCCUUGCUGAGAUCUCCCAGAAGCUACGGGAAAUGGAAGACAUUGACCACAAGAGGAGUGAGGACCUUAGGAAGGCUCUUGCCACCCCUUGAUCUGUCUCCAGAGACAGGGGCAGAGUAGCUCAUCCUGGACCACU